GAAUGUUACAUAUUAUACUGAAAAAUAAGUGAAAAGCAAAAGGACUUAGUGAUCAGACUGGGUCCAUGCUCCCCCCCUUCCCUCUCCCGCUCCUCUCAUUUCGCUACAUUUUUCUCUCGUUUUCGUUGGUCUCAGCUCUCGUGUGAUGUGUCUGUACGCUGCCCUAUCGCCAGUGAUUCCGGGGGCUGAAAAUCGCUAAGAAUGUGAUGCAGGAUUUGUAUUAAUUUGAAUUUUUGUUUGGUUUGACAUUGUCAGUUCCUAUCGUCCCGGUGUCUGUGAGCUUCAGUCGGGUAAGGGUGGCCGAUCCAAUAUGGCUGCCGUCCGAAGCCUUGGAGAGAUGCCGUUUAUUUUUCCCCCGUUUCCUCCUGCUCAGUCACUCUUUUGAUCACCGUAUAGUCGUGGUGACUUUCUAGACAUAUCAGUGGCCCUAUUCAUAAGUGUCUAUACGGCGUUAGGUGUGAGAUUGGCGGUGAGAAUCGAGGUUUUAGUGGUGGCUCCCUCCCCUUUGUUUCGAUCUGGCGAGCUGUAGUACGAAAUGAACAAGUUUGUGGCUGCGUUAUAUUCGGAGGUAAAACAACCUCCCUCUCCCUCCUCCUGCUCAAAACUUUUCAUUCAUGUUUGCCGCGCUUCCUCAUGCUACAGCUGCGCUUUCACAGAUCUUCGUCCCAUUUUUUAAAAAACAAACGGAAUUCUGAGGGAACGUCAAUAAUGUUUGAAAUUUGCUGUGAAUGUUGUGGUCAAGAGGCUGGGGAGGUAGGAGGGAGAUGAGCAGGGAAGUGAAGACAGAAGAGGCCGGAAUAAGGAUAACAUCAUCCACGAAAUAUAACUAUAGUACUCUAUCUUAGCGCUCAAUCAUUUGUCGAGGCAUGGCUUAAUCUUGCUUUAUCGCAUUUAGUUCAGCAUAUAUUCAAGAAGAGAGGUGAUGUUUAGCAGGCUGCCGUAGUGAGCCCUGGCCUCUGUAAUGGCUAUGGGUUCCGUCGUGAGCUUGAGGAUAAAUGGUAUAUCUUAUAAAAGAUCACGGGAAUUACAUAACGCCUACCUACACAACUAGAUAUAACGUACAUGACUAAGGUGACUAAGGUGUUAAGCUGUGGUCAUUUUGAUGAGCGGUUUAAUGAAUAUUUCGAUUUCGUAUAAUGAAAGGAAGAGGAAGCCGAUGCCAUUUAUCUAUCGAACAAUGUAGGGUAGACCAUUCCGCUUGAUAUCGACGUGAAAAGAUCCCUGUCCUAGUCUCCCGCUACCUGCAGCUCAUGUCAGAUUUUCGAAAACGUGUGAUGUGCUGAAAAUGGGAAAGGCUUGUUUGAAGAAAGAACGAACCAAAAUGAAAACUGAAAAUGCGGAGUGUCACUAGCGACGUGUGGCAUCGGGCAGCGGCAGCACGGCACGGGGGAGGGCAGGGAGGGGAAAUCUCAUUUAUACGAACUGAAAUAAAAACUGACCAACGCGUGUGAAAAUCAUACCGUGUUUUGACAUUUUUCUUUUGAAGUUUUCGACACUUAAUAGUGAAAAUGGUACACGAGGAAUGUGUAGGCUGUGUCUGUGGCCCACUACUAUGUGUUGUGAACAUCUCAAUGGUUGACUGUUUCUCAAAACUUGUGUUAUUUACGCUUAACACAUGAAUGCUGUAUCACCUGUUGAGCUUUAAUUAUUUCGCCGCUACUACUACUACUACUUAGCAGGACAAAAUGUCAUCUGGAGGGGAGCCGCCCACUUCCCAGUCCUUUACCCCAUUUUGGAUUGCCGGCCCGGGAUCUCCCUCCACUCCUGUGGUGGGCAAUCCUGUGGCCAACCCUGUUCCACCCACGGAUCUGGCCUCACUUGGUGGAGCCGGAGUGGCUAGCUCUGUACCUUCAGCCAUGUCCCAAGACAUCACCACCAUGGCCAAUGCUGUGCCCCAUGAUGACUUCACCAAUGGCCUAGGUGAACCUUCUGCCCCUCCUCCACCCCCUGAGUCACAACAACCACAACAACAACAGCAGCAACAACAGCAACAACAGGCAGCACCUUCAGAAUCUCCUACCAUUGUGAAGACUCAGCCUCCAGACCCUCCUUCUCUUGAGGCUACACAGGUACAGACUGUUCAGGUACAAGCUGUUCAGGUGCAGAGAGCCCAAGUCCAGGCUACUCAGGUGCAGGUCACUCAGGUGCAGGGUGGACAAGUAGUACAGGGGAGUGGAGGGACAACAGAAGUGAGGGUGGUGGAAGGUACCAAUCCUCCAGCAUGCUCCAGUGGUGCACCAGCACAGUUCUUUCACACAACUGUGGAGCCAGAGGCUACAGAAGUUCAGGAGACACUAGAAAAGAAAAAAAUCAAGGUUCAGCGAAGAAGACUCUCCCCAUCACAUCGUGAGAUGAUUAUAGACUUGGUGUUCAAUGAGAAGAAGACGUCCAGGGAGGUUGCUCGAUAUAUGGGACUCCCACAGUCCACAGUUAUGUCAGUGGUACAAGUAUUCAAGAAGGAGCAUCGCAUCCACAAGAAGACAGCCACCGGACGCAAGCGACGUCUAACCACAGCACAAGAGUUUCAGCUAUUUGAGAUGUCACAGGAGAGGGACAAUAUCUCUGUAGAUGAGAUCCGCACACGAUUCUUACAGCUCUUCCCGGAGUUUGGUCAUAUCUCUAAAACCACCAUCUACCGGACUCUGGAGAGAGGCAAGAAAGGACUUAUUGGCAUGGAUCCCCCUCCAGAGCGAUAUCUUGAGCCAAUUGAGCGAUUCUGGGGACUUAAGAAAAAAAUAAAACCAAAAAAAGUGGGUGGUGGGUCUGAUCAAGCAACAAACCACAGUGUACUGGAGCCAAGUGUCAGUAUUAUGGAGGAGACUGGACCCAUAGAGACCAAUUCCCAAGAGAAGGAUAUCAUCAGCCGCCAGCGCAGAUCUCUUUCCAUCGCUGAGCGGGAGAUGAUCAUAAGUCUGUUCUUCAAUGAGAACCGCACAAUACGGGAAGUGGCUGACUUCAUGCACCUUGCCAAAUCCACUGUGUCUUCGGUGGUGCAGGUGUUCAAAAAGGAACACCGCAUCCAACGCAAGACUUCCACUGGCCGUAAGAAGAAGCUGUCUGAUGAGCAUGAACAAAUGAUCAUGGACAUUCUCUCUCAAAAGGAAGACAUAACUAUAGAGGAGACAAGAAAUAGAUUUCUCUCCCUCAAUCCAGAGGUUCCCAACAUAAGCAAGAGCACCAUAUACAGAAUCAUGGAAAACUGUCAGUCUAAGUUGCGAGCCAGGUCAGACAUGGAAGUGUUUGUUGGGGCAUUUGUACAUUCAACUGAUGAUUCCCCUAUGGUGGUGCUGCCGGGCAUGGUGAUGGGCGUCCUCAACACCAAGAUUGAAUUCAUGGAGAGCCUGGAAGAACUGGACCACUUGAAGGCUGAGUAUGGCUUCACUGAUUCAAACAUCCACUACAUGACCCCAGGACAAUUCAUGAUGCCAGGAAUGAUUGACACCCACAUCCAUGCAUCACAGUUUCCCAACAAUGGGGUUGCCAUGGAUCUACCAUUGCUGGAAUGGCUUCAGACGUAUACCUUCCCCACCGAGGCCAACUUCUCAGACACCUUGUUUGCCCGUGAGGUGUACAGCAAAGUGGUGGAGAGAUUGCUUAGAAAUGGCACCACAACUGCUGCUUACUUUGGUACCAUCCACCUUGAAGGAUCCAAGAUUCUGGCAGAUGUGGUGCAUGACAAAGGGCAGCGUGCACUGAUAGGAAAAGUCAACAUGAUGAGGAACUGUCCUGAAUACUAUCGUGAGAUGAGUGUUCAGGACUCCAUCCGGGACACCGAGGAGUUCAUUAGAUACGUACGAGGCAUACAGUCUCCUCUCGUUCAGCCCAUUGUGACGCCUCGCUUUGCCCCAACAUGUCCAGAGGACCAGCUAGCAUCACUAGGGCAGCUGGCCAGUAAAUAUGGCUGCCACAUCCAGAGUCACCUGGGAGAGACCCAGCCUGAAUGCAACUGGGUGAAGGAACUCUUCCCAUGGGCCAAGUCAUACACUGAUGUUUAUGACAGCAUGAGGCUUCUUAGUGAGAAAUCAGUGAUGGCUCACUGCAUAUGGCUGGGAGAUGAGGAGAUCUACACUUUAAGAGAGCGAGGUGUUGGCAUCUCCCACUGUCCUAACUCCAAUAUUGCCAUCCGCUCUGGCCUCUGUGAUGUCCGACGUCUUCUUAACCAUGGCCUUAAAGUUGGUCUUGGCACAGAUUGCUCUGGCGGCUAUAGCUCCUCUAUCCUGGAUGCCAUCAGACAAUCCCUACAGGUGUCUAAUGUAUUGGCUCUUGACCGUGACCAGGACUACCAGCGAAUUUCAUACAAGGAAGCUUUCCGCAUGGCUACUCUUGGGGGUGCCAAAGUACUCAACAUGGAAGAUCGUAUUGGCAAUUUUGAAAUAGACAAGGAGUUCGAUGCUCUGUUGAUCGAUGUGACAGCUCCUGGCUCAGCUGUGGAUGUUUUUAGUAAGGAUGCCAUAGAUGACAAGAUCCAAAAGUUCCUAUACACUGGUGAUGACCGCAACAUUGCCCGAGUGUACGUGGCUGGCCACCGCAUCCUGGACCUGCACAAUAGGAACCUGCACUAGUAGCCAUUGUCCAGCCAGCGUGUGGUGUGGUACACAAGGUGGUGGAAAAGCUCAGAGGUGCCAUAUAUCUUAAGUAGCAUUGUGGUGUGGCAGCUGUAGGAAGGAUGAAGCAGGGGCACUGUAGCAGCUGCCUAAAUAGACACAAGCUAUGCUAUACAGUAUUUUUGCAUUUUAGAUAUGUAUAAAAGAAUAACUUUUAUAGUACACGAGUCAUUUGCCUUUCCUUUUCUGUGUGCAUGUGUGUGUGUGUAUGUUUGUGUGUGUGUGUGUGUGUGUGUGUGUGUGUGUGUGUGUGUGUGGGUGCAUGUGUGCACUUGUGUGUGUAUGUAAAAAUAUUUAAUACAUAUCCUACCAUAAGGCCAGUCCAGAUAUGUGUCUGUUUGAGCAUUCUCAUGGAAUAACAAAUAUUUUUGUGAACACGACUUUGUGUCCAGAAAUAAGCCAGAUAGAAUUACCAUUAUAGUGGGUAAAUGAAACUCAGUGGACAAACUGGUGGUUAUGAGAAGUAACAAGAGGAUAAAGACUAAUGUUAAAGGAAUGUUGCAAUAUUUAACUGCAAAAUUCUUUUCACCAAAUGUCACAAGAGCAGACAUUGAAUUGGCUGGCAUCACCAUUGCUCUUGGCCAGUCAACUUGUGGUACUGGCAGACAAACAUCUGCAUAUACACACAAACCGUUCAGCAGCAUAGCCAGGGCUAGCAACUUGACCUCGCAUAAAUAAGUGUUGUCAUUCCUGUGAACUCCAAAGGUCUAGGACCAUAACACUCCCACUGUUUCAGUGGCCAAUAGUUUUCUUCCUCCUGAAUCAAAUUCAUACCAUGUGUAUAAUAAAAGCAACCAGUUCUACGUUUGUUGGUAAUAUAAAGUAAUCUUUUUUAUUCAAUGAGGUUUUCUUUGAUAUACAUUUAAUUUUCCCAAAAAAUGAAGAAUUUAUAUAUAUUUGCUAUGUUGCACAAUGUAACAUGAUAGCCACAAUUUAUUGUUACUAAUCACAUAAAAUAUGCAAAUAUUGAGUGACCUGAGGUGCUUCAGUCAAGAAGCACAUGGCCUGCUUCCUCUAGCUCCUGCAGCAGCACAGCAGUGAGCAGUAUGGCUUCCAUUGUUAUGCAGAAUUACUUUUGUACAAUUGCUGUGAGACAUGCUUCCUUGAGUGUUAGUCCAGGUGAUGGCCUUGAAAUGGGAGGUUUCUUCCUGACAAACAAUAAUAGGUAAAGUCUGUGCUAGCCUUCAGUAUUAGCAGGAAUUAUCUGUUAAAAAUUACCGUGUAUUUUCAAAACUUAUUUUUUUACAAUGUUUUGUUUUAUUUGAUGAUGCUGAUGUUAGUCAGCUUACUGGUUGUGAUGAGUUUAAGGCAACUGGUGGACUGACAUAUUUAUGUUCUAAGAUAAGUGAGUUGGUCCAUUUGCCAGUAACACAAAACCGUCUUGCUAGCUUAAUUGAUGUUAUACAUUUGUGUUACACAAAGCAAUCCAAGCUGUCCCAGUCACCACUUGUAAAUAUAUAUUUUUUACAAUACAUAUAAUAGAAAUACUCUUAAAACAUUCCCACUUGUAUAGUACUUUAGGAGAGGAUAUUGGUGGAAGAGUGUUGGUGUGACACAGGGAAAUAUUAGGCAGCUGAUGCACUCACUGAAGUCUGCCCAUCAGUUAGAAAAUAUUUAAAUCAACAGUAAUAAGGACUCGUAGGUUGUGUUCAGUAAUUCAUAAAAUGCAUCAAUAAAAUAAUAAGUUUCUUCCACACCAACAUACAAUAAUGUACCAAACUUGCACAUUAUUGUAUGAUCCUUGGAGCACAAAAGUGUCCUAUGUUCCAUAAGAAAAGUAAACCAUUGACCCUG